CUCUUAAUCCUUUGGUGAAACUCUACGACACAAGAUGGCUGCGAAUAAGCCCAAGGGUCAGAAUUCCUUGGCCUUACACAAAGUCAUCAUGGUGGGCAGUGGUGGUGUGGGCAAGUCUGCCCUGACUCUGCAGUUCAUGUAUGAUGAGGUAAGUGCUAAUGAUGUCAAUUUGUUAUUUAAACAUGGAGACGUAAUAUUAAUAUUUCUUUCUCAUUUUCUCUUAUCUAGGGAGCAGAUUUUAAGAGUAAAAGAAGAUGAGAAUGUCCCAUUUCUACUGGUUGGUAACAAAUCAGAUUUAGAAGAUAAAAGGCAGGUUUCAGUAGAAGAGGCAAAAAACAGAGCCGACCAGUGGAAUGUUAACUAUGUGGAAACAUCUGCUAAAACACGAGCGAAUGUUGACAAGGUAUUUUUUGAUUUAAUGAGGGAAAUUCGAGCCAGAAAGAUGGAAGACAGCAAAGAAAAGAAUGGAAAAAAGAAGAGGAAAAGUUUAGCCAAGAGAAUCAGAGAAAGAUGCUGCAUUUUAUAAUCAAAGCCCAAACUCCUUUCUUAUCUUGACCAUACUAAUAAAUAUAAUUUAUAAGCAUUGCCAUUGAAGGCUCAAUUGACUGAAAUUACUUUAACAUUUUGGAAAUUGUUAUGUAUCACUAAAAGCAUGAAUUGGAACUGCACUGAAAGUCAAAUUCACUUAAAAAAAGAAAUUAAUGUGGCUUCACCAAGAAGCGAAGUUCAGCUUAUUUCAUAAUUGCCUACAUUUAUUACGGUCCUGAAUGUAGCGUGUGAGCUUGUGUCUCUCGGGCUGUCUUUCUUGAACUGUUAAAUAAAGAAGCGAGAUGGGGGUGGGGAAUGGGAGGAAAGGCUACUUCCUCUGGUGUUUAUUAUAAAGCUUAAAUUUUAUAUCAUUUUAAAA